AUGCGCUGCAACGCCCGCUCAUAUGCUGCACCGCACGGUCAUACGCUGCACCGCACGCUCAUAAACUGCACCGCACGCUCAUUCGCUGCACUGCACGCGCACACGCUGCACCGCACUCUCGUACGCUGGACCGCAUGCUCAUACGCUGCACCGCACGCUCAUACGCUGCACCGCACGCUCAUACGACGCACCGCACGCUCAUACGCCGCACCGCACGCUCGUACGCUGCACCGCCUGCUCGUACGCUGCACCGCCAGCUCAUACGCUGCACCGCCCGCUCAUACGCUGCACCACACGCUCAUACUCUGCACCGCAUGCUCAUACGCUGCAUCGCCCGCUCAUACGCUGCACCGCACGCUCAUACGUUGCACCUCACGCUCAUACGCUGCACCGCACGCUCAUACACUGCACCGCCCGCUCAUACGCUGCACCGCACGCUCAUACGCUGCAUCGCCCGCUCAUACGCUGCACCGCACGCUCAUACACUGUACUGCCCGCUCAUACGCUGCACCGCACGCUCAUACGCUGCACCGCCUGCUCAUACACUGCACCGCACGCUCAUUCCUUGCGCACCGCACCUCCUCCCCUCCCCCUCCCCCCCUCUCCCGCCCCCCUUCCUCCCCCACUCCCCCCCUUCCCCCGCCCAUCGCACCUGAUUCCACUCGCACCACACCUCAUCCUACUCGCACUCACUCCCACCCACUCAUGCCCCCUCAGUCCCCUCACACCCUCGUGUCCCCUCACAUCCUCACAUCGCUUCUGAUCCCCUCUCAUGUCACCCGGACGCCCCUUCCACCCCUUUCUUUUCCCCAUGCGCAAUCCCCCAUACCGCCUCCCCCAUUCCCUCACCUACCCGCACUCACAGGGCAUAGGGGCGUUUGUGUUCCUCAUCCGCCUGAGCUGGCAGAUGGCACUCGUGACGGCUGCGCUCUGUGGCCUCAUGUGGUACCUGCUCAUGGUCUAUGGCAGGACACUGUGGCAGCCGCCAACGAGGUGGCGGAGGAGACUCUGUCUCUCGCCCGAGUGGUGCGGACGUUUGGCACGGAGAGCAAGGAGGUGAAGAGGUACGAGGUGCCUCUUCAGCGCAUAGUCAAUGUGGGUCUGAGGCGGUCCGUGGCCUAUGGUGUGUGGACGUGCACUGGCAACACCAUCUACAACGCCACGCAGGCAUGUGGACGUGCACUGGCAACACCAUCUACAACGCCACGCAGGUAUGCCAAGACGCCUGCUGAUAAGAACAGAGUCUUUAUUGAGACGUGUCAAAGCCCUCACUUCCUCGUCUCCUCUUCCCCUCGCUGGAGUGGCAUAGGCAUGUGGACGUGCACUGGCAACACCAUCUACAACGCCACGCAGGUGCUUGCUCUGAUCAUGGGAGGGGGGGCGGUGAUGGCAGGGCGCAUAACAGCGGAGCAGCUGACGCAGUUCAUUCUGUACGCGGAGUGGGUGGUGCACGCCACGUGGUGGGUGGGCGACCACUGGGCGUCCCUCAUGGACUCGGUGGGCGCCUGCCAUCGCGUGUUCCAGCUGCUCGACCUGCCGCCCUCAGAGCAGCUCACUCAGAACCAUGGCCGAGUGCUGCCGUCGCUGAAAGGCAAGCUGGAGUUCCGCAAUCUCUCCUUCCGCUACCCCACCCGCCCUGAGGCACCGGUGUUGGAUCACAUCAACCUGACCAUCCAACCAGGCGAGCUGGUGGCGCUGGUGGGGCUCAGUGGCAGUGGCAAGAGCACUCUAGUAGGGCUGCUGCAACGCCUCUACGAACCCACAGAGGGGCAGGUGCUUAUAGACGACGUGCCUCUACCAGAGAUUGACAUCGCAUGGCUGAGAAGCCACAUUGGCGUCGUCAGCCAGGAACCCCGUCUCUUCAGCACAGACGUCGCAUCCAACAUCGCUUAUGGAAGCAGAGAGGAAAUUUCCCAAGAAAAAAUCACCCGAGCUGCAACCCAGGCCAACGUCCAUCAAUUUGUUUCAGGGCUGCCCGAGGGCUACGACACAGUGGUGGACAAUGCCCGGUUGAGCGGCGGGCAGAAGCAAAGAAUAGCGAUUGCCCGGGCUUUAGUGCGCGACCCAACCCUGCUGAUUCUGGAUGAAGCUACAAGUGCUCUGGAUGCUGAGAGCGAGCACUACGUACAGAUGGCAUUGGACCAGGCCAUGCAUGACGAUUCGGCAAUGGGAAGGAGAAAACGGACCAUCAUUGUGAUUGCUCAUCGGUUAUCCACGAUUCGCUCCGCGGAUAGAAUAGUGGUCAUGUCCGCAGGCAAGAUUGUCGAGAGUCACGAUCAGCGCAUGAUCAUCCACCUCAUUCACCGCAAGCAACCGGGCGCGGAACCGCCACUCGCGGGAGCCUCCGCCUGCGGCGGCGCCACCAUCGUCACCGCCGCGGCGCACGAGUGCGCGGAUCGGCAGCGCGUUCGCCGCCUGUUACAGUCCCUCCUGGACGAAUGCGCUGCGGAGCUGCUGCCGGCGGUUGACGCCGCGGGGGAGGCACAGGCGCAGGCGCACGCCGCGGAGCGCGAUGGCGGAGCGGUGCACAACGGAGCGGCAGCAACAGCCGUGGAAGAGCCCAAUGUUUUGCUGUCAGAGAGGAAAAAACAACAGCUAGAGAAGCUAGGGCAGCGGCUUAGGUCUUUAAUCGCAUCGCAUAGGGGCGCCGUGCCUCCGCGCCCCGUCCUGAUGCUCUACCCCGGCGCGCCCAAGCGCUUCCUAACGCGCGCGCCCGAACCUCCCCCGUGGGAAGGCGGCGCAGGGGAAGCGGCGGAUGAGGAGGGGCGGAGGGUGCUGGCGUGCGGGCGCACGCGACUGCAGAAGGAAUUGGCGGAGCUGGAUGAAAACGAGGAUGAUGAUAACGAGGAUGACGCGUUUGUGUUCAAUGUGGCGGGGAGAGUGGCAGAGGGGGGAACUCACGGGGGCCUGCGCGGGGCUGCGAAUGGGGGCGCUGGGAAUGGGGACGCUGGGAAUGGGGGAGCUGGGAAUGGGGGAGCUGGGAAUGGGGGAGCUGGGAAUGGGGCUGUUGAGAGGGUGGAGGAUGAGCGAAAGACGAGAGAGAAAGCAGCAUCCUCUGCAACAGUAGCAGCAGGUGGGGGAGGAAAAAAAGAGCAACCAUUGCAGGCACCGGCCAGUGCUGACGCACACGCCCCCUUGCGGCCACCGCAGCCGCAACAGCAGCUGCAUGGACAACAAAAGCAGCAACAGAAGCAGCAGCUGGUGCUGCAACCGCAGCAGGAGGAGGGGGAGGAGGGGGGGGAGGAGAAGACAGAACAGCAGGAGCUUGCACAGCCUGGCGCGCAACAAGCAGAUUCCGCAGGCGGGUCAGGGUGGACCAGCCCCCUGGCCUCUGCUGAUUUCUCCUGGGCUGCACACAUGGCACCUGACGGCUUGUUAGGCAGCAUUGCCAGUGCUGUGGCAGCAGUUGCUUCAGGUUCCUCCACACCCCCUUCACCCUCACCACAAGGCAACACCAGUACACUCCCCCCUGCCCACCCUGCUCCCUCUACCCCCCCACCUACCCCCACUCCUGGUUCUGCCGCCUUUCCCCCCCGUCCUGCCACUCUCACCACUCCUGCUCCCACCAUCACCUCCGCAUCUCCCGGCCCAGCCAACCCUAGCGGGCUCUUCCAAUCAGGCAUCAAUGUGAUAUACGAGUCAGCAGUGGCUUUUUCUACCGAGUAUACCAACACGAUGCGCACGCUCACACACACCACCAGCGCCACCAACGCCAACUGGUCUACCCAGUUCUCCAACAUGGUUACCGCUGCUGCCAUCGCUGCCGGCACCCUGGCCAGCGGCCCUGCUGUUUCAGGAGACGUUUCAGGUGCUGCUUCAGGUGGUGCUGCUGGUGAUGCUGCGGUGGGCAGCAACAGGGGAGCAAACACCGCCUUUCACGCUGCCAGAGCAGGUCUCGGAGGUAAUCCCACUGCACCGGGUAACGCUGGGUUACCUCCGGCACACGGCAGGCCCAGGGAUGGGAAGGUGCGGGGGCGGGUGGGUGACGUGGCGCCGUCAGGGCUGACGUGGGAGGAGGAGAUUGCGUCCCAGCUGGCGUCUGUGGGCGUGGCUGUGUCGUCCUGGGGCCCGGGGGAAGAGGUGCGGGCGGAGAGGGGAGGAGAUGGUGGAGGAGGUGGAGUAGGAGGAGGGGGAAGGGGAGUAGGAGGGAAUGGCGAAGCAGCAGCGAUGGCUAGUAAUGGCGUGUCACUCGCAGCGGCAAAAGUAGGAACAGGAGCGGCAUCAGAGAGAGAAAACACUGCACCUCCAGCAGCCCCUUCAGCAGCUUACCCAACAGCAAGGAGUGGUGGCAGCAGGGCGAGGACUCAGAGCAUGGUGGGACUGGUGGGGGGGGGCAGGGCAGCAGCGGGAGCCAAAGGAGCAGAUGGAGGGGUGGGGGGGCGGGCCACACUAGGCAUAAAUGUGGGGAGGGCAGGGCACAACAGGGCAGCGUCUGUAGCGGCGUCUGUAGCGGGGGCACCACCGCCGUCCCCAGGGAGUGGGAACAAGUUUGGGGGGUUUGGGCUUGGGAGCUUUUUCUCUAAGGGGUGGAGGAAGGCGUUUAACCUGGAGUGA